UACUUUCCUUGCUUGGGAGGACAUUAUACUUUCCUUCAUAUUUGAUAUUCCUUGGCAGCAGUCAGCUGUCAGAUGAGUGACCAUAUUGAGUCCAGCACUAGACAAUGGGAGUUGAUAGUGCUGAUGAUUGAUCAGCAUUAGUGAGGUUUGGCAUACAAAAUGGCAGCUGUAUCGCCGCCACAUCCUCCAAAUGAUCCUGACUUGGAAAUUAAAGUAAAAAAAGCCUUGGAGCGUGUUAGUGAGAAUAUCCAUAUAUCAGCCAAUGAACCCUCAUUAGCAGUGUACCGCCUCCAAGAGCAUGUUCGUCGUGCCCUGCCCCCAACUGUCACACGUAGGCAGCAUGUCACUGCACUCCAUUCACAGCUACAAGGAGCUUGUUAUGAUGUGGAAUAUGCUUUAGGUGCUGUCCGAGUAAUGAAGGAUGCAGGAGAUAAAUUCAUAUCAUUGCAGGAACUCUUGAAGAGUGCAAUAUUUCAUCGUCAGCAGCUGAAAUAUGAACAGACACGCAGGAAGCAACGGGAACCGAGCAUGUACAAGCGCCUCUCUUCCCACAUCACUUCCAUCGACCUUCCUGACCUUCCCGACCUACCGGAUGCAUUCAGGGAAACUGCCUCUCGUGUUGAGUCAGCUCUUCAGCAUGCCAGAAGCUCUUAUGAGAGUCACACACGCAAGGAGAAGGAGAAAGGAGACAAGAAAGAUGGGGAUAAGUUUGAAAAAAAAGAGAUUGAAAAUAGUGAUGAAAAGGAAAAGAAUGAAGACUCAAGUUAGCAGUAUUUAGUACAAGUAUAUAAGUGGCAUUCAAUAGAAUCCAGAUUAUAACAUUUUGAUAGACAGGUUAUUGAUAUAUGAUGGCAGUAAUUGUUCCCAAGUGAAUAGGACAAAGAUUUUAUGAGUUCAUAUCAUUAUUGUUAAAAUGGUUUUAUAUUUUUUAAUUAGCUAAAGCUUCUUAAGGAAAGUCAUAAUACAGUAUUAUGUUGGAGAUACAGUGGCCCCUCGGUUAACGAACUCAAUCCGUUCCAAAAGGUCGUUCGUUAACCGAAACGUUCGUUAACCGAAACCAUUGUUUCAAUGGGUUUUUGGGUAAUUGGUUCCA